UUUCAACCCACAAAACCAUUCAAAAGAAUCUAUCUCAACCCAGCCAGGCCUCUCCUCCUCCUCCUUUCUCACUCAACCAGAACACACAGACUGGGCGAAGAGAAGAGGAAGAGAAAGAAUCAGAAUUGAAAGUAGCAGCGAAAUCUCGCUGCCACUCAAAGCUAUGACAGCGAGAGCUCUUCUUCUCUCCUACUACAACCUUCCUCCGAAGCUCCACUGCUCACCCGAGGCGACCUUUCCCAAGAGAAGUUUUAGCUCUCGCUCUCACACUCAUACUCUGUUCGAAUUCGGGUCUCCGUUUCUACCGGGGCGGGGUUUUAGACGUGGAUUGAUUAGGAGGACGAGUUGGAGGGCAUGGGCGGAUGUCAAGUCCAAAACGUAUGGCAUUUCGGACUCGGUGCCGGAAUCUCUCAAGUUUGAAGAUGCUCUCAACGACGACGUAUUGACGGAGGAUGAUGGUGAGACCAUAUCGGGGGGAUUCCCCAAGCGUUGGGUUAUCGUGCUUCUCUGUUUCUCCGCUUUUCUACUUUGCAAUAUGGAUAGAGUAAACAUGAGCAUAGCCAUACUUCCAAUGGCAUCAGAAUAUCAUUGGAGUCCUACGACUGUUGGUUUGAUACAAUCUUCCUUUUUCUGGGGCUAUCUUUUAACUCAGAUUGCAGGGGGAAUAUGGGCUGACACGGUUGGAGGGAAGCUUGUCUUAGGAUUUGGUGUAGUUUGGUGGUCUAUAGCUACAAUCCUCACACCAAUUGCAGCAAAACUUGGGUUACCUUUCUUAUUUAUUGUCCGAGCUUUCAUGGGGAUUGGUGAGGGUGUUGCCAUGCCAGCAAUGAAUAAUCUUCUUUCAAAGUGGGUUCCUGUCUCAGAAAGAAGCAGAUCAUUAGCCAUGGUGUACAGUGGAAUGUAUCUUGGAUCUGUCACUGGUCUGGCAUUUUCACCAAUGUUAAUUCAUAAGUUUGGCUGGCCAUCUGUCUUCUAUUCCUUUGGUUCCUUAGGCACUGUUUGGUUCACAGUGUGGCUUAGUAAGGCACACAGCUCACCCCUUGAUGAUCCUGAAUUGUUGCCUGAAGAAAAGAAGCUCAUUCUUAGAAACAGUGUUUCCAAGGAACCAGUAAAAUCUAUCCCUUGGAAACUAAUUUUGUCAAAACCACCUGUUUGGGCCUUGAUAGUGUCUCACUUCUGUCACAAUUGGGGAACUUUUAUUCUUCUUACAUGGAUGCCUACAUAUUAUCACCAGGUAUUGAAGUUUAAUCUUACUGAAUCAGGAAUGUUUGCCGUUUUGCCAUGGCUUACAAUGGCAUUCUCUGCAUAUGCUGGAGGAUGGAUUGCAGAUUCAUUAGUGAGGAAAGGUGUAUCAGUGACGGUAGUCAGGAAGAUAAUGCAGACAAUAGGGUUUCUUGGCCCUGCUUUCUUUCUAACUCAAUUGAGCCAUGUUGAUUCUCCUGCAAUGGCAGUCCUGUGCAUGACAUGCAGUCAGGGAAGUGAUGCUUUUUCACAGUCUGGAUUAUAUUCAAACCAUCAGGAUAUUGCUCCCCGAUACUCGGGAGUGCUAAUGGGUCUAUCAAAUACUGCUGGAGUGCUGGCUGGUGUUUUUGGAACUGCAGCCACUGGUUACAUCCUGCAACAUGGUUCUUGGGAUGACGUUUUUAAGGUUUCAGUGGGGCUAUACUUAGUUGGAACCGUGGUAUGGAAUCUCUUUUCAACUGGAGAGAAGAUCUUGGACUGAGCGGGCCUCAUUUCCGUGUAAGACCAUAUGAUGUAACAACUCCGCCCUGCCCUCCGAUCUUAAGAACCAGAUGUAUAUAAGAGCAACCGGAAGAGUGGAAUCAAGUUCAUACUAUAUUUCACUAGGAAUAGGUAGAAAUUCUGGGCCUGCACAGCAGAAAAGUGAACAAAUUCUUUGGAAUUGUAUAGAUUGGAUGAAUAGAGGUGAGGAUUUCCACGAGGAUUCCAACACCAUUGAUUAACCAAUGGGAUAUAAGAAAGAAGGGGAGUCAGAGUGAGCAACAUAACAUCAGAAUCGCAUUGUUGUAUAUUUCUGUGAAGUAACUAAAUUUUGGUUAGUGUUUCUCAUAUACAGCUAAAAACUGUCAUGUUUGAACCUCUAUUGUAUAUAGAAUUAUGGUUUAUUUAUGGUCUAUAGUCUAUACUUUGGCAUUCAUU